GGCGCGGGGCCGGUUUCCGUGCGGGCGGCGAUUCGCGCAGCCCCGCCAUGGCGGCGGAGGGAGAGGACCCGCUGGGAUACUUCGCGGCCUACGGCAGCUCCAGCUCCGACUCGGAGCCCGACGAGGCCUCGGCCGAGGAGCGGCAGGCGGGAGCCGGCACGGCGGCGGGGAGCAGCCCGGGGAGCCGGCCGAAGCUGCCGCCGCCGGACGAGCUGUUCCGGAAGGUGUCCCAGCCGCCCGCCUUCCUCUACAACCCGCUCAACAAGCAGAUCGACUGGGAGAGCCGCGUCCUGCGGGCGCCCGAGGAGCCGCCCAAGGAGUUUAAGGCGUGGAAGACGAACGCCGUACCGCCGCCCGAGGUGUACAGCCCGCCCGAGAAGAAACCUCCGCCGGCCCCCGCCGUCGACAUGGCCAUCAAAUGGUCCAACAUCUACGAGGACAACGGCGACGACGCGCCGCGGCCUGCAGGCAGAGCCAGGUUCCUUCCUGAGGAGGAGGAGGAGCACACGGUGUCAGAUGAUGAAAAAGAUGAUGAACCAGCUUACACUAAGAAACGGAAACUAGACUCUGGGGAGAAGAUGAAGAGGAAGAAGUGCUGAGAAUGCAGUAGAUGGCUGAAAUUGGAAGGAUCUGACACAAGGUGUGGGAUUCAGCGGGCUGCCUUAUUCAAGACUCACAGCAGUAAGCCUGUCUGCUGCUGAAGUGCUGCUCAAAGCGUGUUACAGCUGAAGAUUAAUGUCACCAGCUCUGGAAAUAGGUUGCAUUCCCACAGUAGCCAUGGCCAAGAAGUCUUUUAUCCUCACAUUGUGUGCCCUGCCUUUCUGGUGGUAGCUCAGGAAGUUAGCAUGGUAAUGGCUCCUUUUGUUUUCAGAUUAUAUAAUAUACUUGGUCUUUGGUUGUCUUGAAGCUAAUGCAGUCUAAUGCAGUUGUAUACUCAGUUUCCAAGGAGAAAAGCAGCAUGUCUAAUCAGAGAGAAGAAUGAUCAAUUGAGUUAUUUACAGACUUAGGGAAACAUCGUUGUAAACAAGGACUAUGGCAGCAUCCCUAUUCAGGAUAUGUGGCAAAGGCAACUGUUUGUCUUCUUAAGACAUCUGAAAUAAGGCAGUGAGAAAGCUCAUCUGAAACGGAGGUAUACAGGUGAACUCAUUCUUUUGCUGGAUGAGUUUUAUUGGUGGAGAUGCUUGAGUCCUGGGAAGUUCUAAUAUUGCUGUUCACGAAGCAGGCAGAGCCUACAAUGAAGCGGAGAGCAGGGAGGGGGCUGACCUUUCUGUGCUCAGAGACAACAACCUGGGUGUUUUUUCUGAGUAACUGAGAUUGUCUAAAAGAAAGUUUUAUCCUCAGUGAGUUGUAAAGCAAACUGCAGACUUCCCAGGGGAGGCUAAGGUCCUAAAGGGGAAUUCUGAUUCUGAAAUUCAGAAGAAUGAGAGGCAUUUGGAAGUUAAGUCUGUGGAGCUACAGCCCAGAAACCUUGCACUGACAGUUCUGUUUCUAGUGACCUGCUUUGAUAGUAUGGUACGUACUGAGCAGUACUGGCUCUGGAAGGAGAAAAGCACAGCAUCUGUAUCUGGUGCAAAGAGGCUGUUUGUGUUGGGCUGGAUAGAACGCUGCUGGUAGCCAGGAGAGGAAGAGAAGGAGAGAAAGCACACUGAUUUAUGUGGGGAUCAGUGAAGUCUUACUCAGAUACCCUACAAUGCUUCUAAGAAGAAAUGGUGAUAAACUAAAUUAUUGUACUCAUCUGGGGUUGGGCUUCCAGGUCAGAAUUACAAAUGAAGUAUAAAUGAUACAAAGCACUGUGAGGCUGCAGUUACCAGCUGCCAUUCAGGUUCCUUGAAGAUGUCCAUGUUCCAGGGAGGAUGUCACAGCAAACCUUGUAGAGUGCAUCCAACACGUGCAGAGGAAAAAGAGGCUAUUCUCAGUGCUCUUUUUGGAUGAGUAGGAGUGAUGCUGAUUCCCAGAACAGGAUGAAAAUGGUAACGACACAGUUUAAAAAAAAAAAAAAGGAGAUGAGGUAAGUGUGAAGAUAUGAGCAAUGAGAAGCUUUUCUAGUUUGUUUCAAAAGUUGAAGAGAAAAAGAUGAGAAGAUGAAGAGCAGAGCAUGGUUUGGGCUGCUAAUAGUUUGCCUCCACUGUGCAACAGGAUCUGGGAAAUGCAUGAGUGAGCGCUUACUAAACUUGAACUGAUAGCUCAAAAAUGUCUGCCUAGAGAACGGUUUGUCCUGGAUUGUCUUUCCAGAGGAGACGGUGACAGGGAACAUACACCUCUGCUUACACAUGUGGAAUAUUGGCUUUGAAAUCAGCCUGCUAUUAACUGACCACUUGCACUGUUUUUAUGAUGAAUCAAAUGUGACGAUGAUCAUGAUGUGGAAGGAGGAGGGAGUGGAGGGGAGGAGAAGGCAGUAAAAAUCCCUACAAGUUUGAUCUGAAUUCUCUUUAAAAAUUUGUCAAGAGUAGAAAACUGGUGGCUGGAAGGCAAUUUGUUUGCACUGAACACCCUAGAUUCUGUCAUAAUAGCAGCUAUAUAAUAUAGAUUUCCAAGAAAGGCAAGGUGAUCUGGGGGAGGAAAAUUCAAGUCAGUAUAAGACUACAGCUGUUUCAGAUAACGGCCCCCAUGGCAGGUAAUGCUUCCACUGAGCGGUGCUGAUGGAGAGAUUGCUGCAAGGCAUCACCCUGUUGGUCUGCUUGUUCCUAUGCGGAAGCAUGAUGCAUGCUAACGCUAUCGAAGGACGGAUUCAUUUACAAAUGCUUUGCGAUAAGCUUCAGUCUGCCAAUCUGAAAUUGAAUCCUGUGAAAUGCAGUGUGUUCCACAAAGGGAAAUUUAUCUUGAAUCUGUAAUCAGUGAAGGAGAGGAAACGGGAGCUGUGUGAGGCUGGCUGCUCUUUCUCUGAUGACAGGAAGCUCGUUUGCCAGUUUGCUCAUCUUGCAAAAUCAUGGCAGAAUUCAGAUUAAAAGGUGUAAUGCUUUUGCUCACCAGCAGGAUACAGUUUGGGUUUUCUUUUGCUUAAAAGGCUUCUGUGACAAUUUCUGUUUUAGCUUGGGUCACUCAGCCCCUUAAAUACCGACACAGACAUUUGGGUGUAAGUUUAAUGUGAGAGUGGAGCAAUGUGCUGAAAGAAUGUAGCAGCUUAAUGUCACAGAUAAACCAACUCCUUAAAAUUCUGAAUGAGAUAUGUUUAGAAAACCCCUCAGCAAAGGGAGACACUUUAGUAAGGAUAUAAUUGCAUUCCUGCCAGCAAUGUUUUCUGGCUAAAGUCAGGCUUAAGAGGUGAUACAGUGAGAGGCGGAGAGCAGCUCUGCAUUCUGUGUAUUAGUUAAAGUUUGAAGACUUAAACAAAAGUAGAAUUUCCCUGCACAAGUGGUUGACAAAAUACAGAAAAUUACCAAGAGAAAUGCCAUGGUUUGGUUGCUCAGGAACCUUCCAGUGAGAAAUGGGAACCCCAGUAAAUGAUUCUUGACACGAACCUUCUGAUUGCAGUGAAUUCUUUUGUCAGAGCUGGUUAAGUCUUAUGAUGAGGAACCAAGAAGUAGUGGAAAUAACAGAGCAAUGAGGAUUCUAGUGAGCUAGUUCUUCUUUUAAGUCCCUGAGGUAUCAUAGAUCAGAGGGAUCAACCUGGUAUUCAUUGGAGUCUGCUGAAUUUGUGUCCUUGGUAGACAUGUGGGCUUAGAUCCGUUGGACUAGGAAAGGGAAGUUGCACCACGGAUUGGAAUGGGUUUUUACUGCUGGUCCCUUUGAACUAUUUUCUUCAGGGCACUAUGAAGAAUCUGGAAUUUUCAGGGAAGCUGGGACCUGUGGGGCUGGAUUGACAAAAGAAUGCAGUGAAUUCAAUGAAUAGAGAUAAGCAUUUUUGGUCCUUAUCAAAUACUUUUAUCAGCACUCUUCAUUUAGAAGAUGAAGUGCCCUUCAUCUUUAGAAUGCUUUCAUCUUGAUAGCUUCAAAAGAUUAAUCACACCUUUGCUCUGCCGUGGCUGUGAGCAACAACAUGAGUGCUUUGUGCUUUGCUGCCUUCUAACAACACUGAUCUCCCUUCCCUUUGCUUAGCUUCUCCCACCUUAUUCAUCCCUGUAUAUGGAUUAACACAGAGUAACUCUGGGAAGGAGUUAAUGGAGAGAGGAAGCAAAACCACAGGACUUACCAGAGGACACAGCUCUUCUGUUUUUACUGCAGAAUAAAAGCAGGUUUACCCUCUCCUCCAAACAAACCAACCUGCAGCAGACUCAAAGCAAAAGCAAUUGUGAGCCUUUCUUUUGGGAAGCAGAGUGUGGGCCACUGUUGUUGAAAUUUUCUGACAUGCCUUGAUGAGUUGAUAGAAUUGUAUCUUGUGUGACUAAGAGCUGUAUGUAUGUCUGAAAUGUUUCAAACACUGGUAACUUAAUGUAGUUAUAACAUUGGUGUGCCUGAAAACAAAAGCUUGCUUGCAGGCGUGCUGUGUGAUAGCUAGGAACAGAUUUUUGUACGAGCUCUGAGGUUUGCUUGCAAUUAGUGACUUGUAAGUGCUGUAUUCACACAGGAACCUUGGUGCACCAUCACAUGGCUGUAAAUAUACUGUAUCUCCAUGCCAGUUUAAAUAAACUAUAUUGCCAUCAUCUGACAUAGUAACAAAAUACUGCUUGCUUCUCACAUACUUAAAUUUUUCUACGUCUCUAUGUAGGUACAUAUCCAGUAGAGGGAGCUUUUGCUAACUGCUGGCAUCAUGGCUGUAUUAAUGUGCUGUACUACCUCAUUACUGCACAUACCCAAUGUGCUUGUUUCAUGUUUUUUUGCACUCUUUUUCCACGUUUUAAUAAUAAUAAUU